UGUGUGAGUCACGGCAGCGCCGUCAAUGCCGUGUGCGGGCGGGCGGCGCUGCCUGGGCUGCCCCGGCCCCCCUUCCCCCGGCACAGGGCUGGCGGGCCGCACUUGUCACCGUGUCACAUCCUCCCCGCCGCCUGCCGACCCGGCUCACCCUCCCCAGCUCGGCCGCCGCCCGGGGCCGCCGCGGCGGCAUGGGAUAGAGCCGGGCACGCCGCUCGUUUUACAUUGACCUCCCCGCGGUUUAAAUCCCUCCCCGCGUGUUCCCCCCCCCCCCCCCCACGCCCCCUCUCUCCGCCGAGCCCCCGCUCCCCCGGGCGCCUCCCUCGCCGGUCCUCGCCGCGGAGCCCCCGGAGCGGAUAGCGCCUGGUGCCGAGCGCUUCCCUCCUUCCCCCAAGUCUUCGCGCGCUCGAACAUCUCCGUUUGGCCUCAUUUUUGUGCUUCGCUGGUACCUGCACAGCCCAAAUUAGCAGCGAGGAUUCCACGGACGGGGGCCGCCGCCUCCCUCGGCUCCCAGAUAUAUGUUGGGGAAAGGAGGAAAGCGGAAGUUUGACGAGCAUGAAGAUGGGUUGGAAGGCAAAGUGGUGUCUCCCACUGACGGUCCCUCUAAGGUGUCUUACACCUUACAGCGUCAGACUAUCUUCAACAUUUCCCUUAUGAAACUUUAUAACCACAGGCCAUUAACCGAGCCAAGCUUGCAAAAGACAGUUUUAAUUAACAACAUGUUGAGGCGAAUCCAGGAAGAACUCAAACAAGAAGGCAGCUUGAGGCCCAUGUUUGUGGCCGCUUCGCAGCCUGCCGACCCUCUCAGCGACAACUUCCGCGAGGCGCAGCCGGCGUUCAGCCACCUGGCCUCGCCGCCCCUGCUCCCCGCCGACUUGGUAAGCACUAUGCCCCUGGAGUCCUGCCUCACCCCGGCCUCUUUGCUCGAGGACGACACUUUUUGCACUUCCCCGGCUGUCCAGCACGACGGUCCGACGAAGCCGCCACCUCCUGCUCUCCAGCCAGUAAAGGACAGCUUCUCCUCAGCCUUGGACGAAAUCGAGGAGCUUUGUCCAGCACCUACCUCCGCAGAGGCAGUAGCAGCUGAACCAGCCGCCGGCGACUCUAAAGCCCAGCCCAGCGAGUCCAACAUCAUCCACAAGCCCGAGGGCCUCCCGGAGAGCAGAACGGCUGAAUCCAAACUCAUGGACCCCCUGCCUGGCAACUUUGAGAUAACAGCUUCCACAGGUUUCCUCACAGACUUGACCCUGGAUGACAUUCUGUUCGCUGACAUUGAUACGUCCAUGUAUGAUUUUGACCCCUGCACGUCUGCCACGGGGGCUGCCUCAAAAAUGGCUCCUGUCUCAGCAGAUGAGCUCCUAAAAACUCUCGCUCCGUACAGCAGUCAACCAGUAACUCCAAAUCAGCCUUUCAAAAUGGAUCUCACAGAACUGGAUCACAUCAUGGAGGUGCUUGUUGGGUCUUAAAAAUAUUAGAAAUAUAGCAACUUUUGUUUUGUCUUUUUUUCUUUUUCUUUUUUUUUUUUUUUUUUUAAUUUUAAUUUUAAGUACCAGUAUAUACACUUGGUAGUAUUUCCAUAGUCCCUCCCAGCCCCGAUUCACAGCACUGUGCAUGCAUCCUUGCUUGCCUUUUUUGAAAAGAAAAGGAUCACACUAGUUUUUGCUUCGAGCAGAGUUGGAGUGCCUUCAUCCAUGUAUGACCACUUCUAAUGUAUUUUUUUUAAGUGGUUCCUCAAGGAAGACCGAAUAUCCUGGUAUAGGAAAGAAUAUGUAUUGUAGACAAUGUUAUGUUAUAAAAAAAAAAAAGAAAAAAGGAAAAAAAAAAAGGUAAAAGCUAAGCACAAGGAUUAUGUUGGGGAAAGCUGUAAAUUGCAUGUGCAUACUUGUCUAUUUUUUCUAUAAGUUUUAUUGCAAGAGGUAAAAAAUUUUAUUAUUUAGAUAAUCUCAAUACCAUUUUAGCCCUGUAUAGGUUGACUUUAGCAAUUCAGCCUUUUGGAGGCAUUAACCUGCUCCUCUUUAAGUGUUGCAUUUACAUGGCUGUUUAGAAACUGCUGCCCAAAUUUAUUUUAUAUUUUUGUACAGAUUCUGCAGUUUAUGGUAUUGUUUUUUCUAAAAACAAAUGCUGUUUAUACACACAAAAAAAAAUAGCUAUUUUGAUAGGAUUUGCUCACAUAGUUCCUGCAUAAUUCAGAUGUACAAGAACCACUUGUACUUUUAUACAGAGUUGUAAUGUUUUAUAUGUGUAUGGUGCAAAGAGAAAAUUGGAUCAAAUAA